AUGAGGCACUUGUUGGCGAAAGAUUUCUCCCUGGUUCAUCGAUAUAUUCAACAUUUUAAUGAGGUGUCUGGCAACAAGUCAGCCCUCAUACGCAGGAGAUCCAAGACUCCUGGCGUGAUGAUCACACAGUAUGAGGUGAGCUUGCCAGAGGGAAAGAGCACCCCAGAUUUCCAGAGUAAACCAGAUCCUGUGGCCAUCAAGGAGGGGAAAUUAGCGGUUUUUAAGGCCGUGGUGAUCGGGGACCCGAAACCAGAGGUGUCAUGGAGAAGAGCUAAAGGAAAUAUUUCUGACAAAGACAAAUAUCUGACUAAAUAUGAAAAAUCAACUGGGGAGUAUAUAUUAGAGGUUCACAAAGUGUCUGCUGCCGACACUGAUACAUACAAAUGCUGUGCUGUGAACGAGUUUGGCAAAGCCGUCUGCACAGCUACGUUAAGUGUAACUGACGUGUCAACAAAUCCAUCCGAUUUCAGAAAACUGUUAAGGAAAAGUAAAGCAGAGCAAGCGGAUGGAGAAAGUGAGGAAACAUUCUGGGAUGCAAUGCUGAAUGCUGACAUAAGAGACUAUGAGCGCAUCUGUAGUGAGUUCGGUGUCACAGACUUGUAUAUGGUUCUCAAGAAACUAGAGGAGAAGAAGAGGGAGAGGAUGCAAAAUAAGUGCAAGGACGGUGCGAUUCCCUCUGAUGAAAACUCAACAGGGAAGCACAAUGUAAAUGGUGUUGCGAGGAAAAAAGAUUUGAGUAUAAAGAGCCUGUUACAGGAGAACCCAGGGCUGACUCAGCUGGAUGUUGAAAAGCUCAACCUCCUCGAAACGGCCCUGAAUCAGGCGGAUUCUGAAGAAAUCAAGCUCCUGCUUACAGAUUUUAAACUUUCAAAUGUGGACUUCGUUGUCAAAAUGCAGGAGAUUACAGCCCAAGAAAGAGAGGAUGCCCUCUUUGAGUGUCUCCUGACGCACCCACUGCCCAGUAUUACAUGGAUGGGAAAGGGCAGCGCUCUGGAGGAUGGAGAAAAAUAUAGCAUAACCGUGUCAGACCAUAAACUGAUCCACAGGCUGUUGAUCAAGGACUGCAUGCAGCUGGACAAAGGCAUCUAUUCAGCUGUGGCUGGCAUCGUAUCCUGCAACGCCUGGCUGGUCGUGGAAGCUGACGGUGACUCCACACCUGCCGGUAACAAGAGACCUCGUAAAACAGCCGUGGCGGGGGGAGCACAGACCGACCUUGAGAAAGUGGCCAAAGAGCAACAAAUAAAAAACCAGGAGGAGAUGGAGAAGGUUUUGGCAGCUGUCAAAGCAAAGUACGACAAAGGACAAGUCAAAGGAGAAAGCAGAUCAACCGAUGGUGGAAGAGACGCUGAAAUAAAUGCAAUCACUGGUCUGGGUAAAAACGCAGGAGCAGUAGAGGACACGGUUGACGCAGCAAAAGCCACCGUCCUGUCUGAGCAAACAGGAAGCAAAGGGAAAGCAAAGAAGAAAAACUCAAGAAGAGAUGGCAAAGCAUCAAAAUCGAAUGUUCCCGGGUGUGUAACAAAAACAGGAGGGAUGGUAGAUGCCCCCGAGAACGAGAAAUCUGAUCGAGUGGAUUUUGACAAGGUAACAGAUCCAAAUGAACAAGCGAGUGACUAUGAAGAAAGUGACAGUGAAGACAACGAGGACCCGACUGGUGAAGACAAGAAUCCACGUCGUGCAAAGCAAAGACAACAGCAAGCCAACGCAGACAAUGGUGAAAAAGAAGUCAGUGACUGUGAGGAGAUGGGCGAUGCCACUGGUGCUGUCAAACGUAAAAGGCGUAAAAGACAAGGUCCCCUGAUAGAAGACGUGGUGAUUGAUCCAGGGGUCCAGUUCAUCUGUGGAUUGUCUGAUGUCAGUGCCAUCAUCAGUGAGACUGCUGAAUUAACAUGUAAGCUCAGCAGUGAGGACUGUGACGGAGCCUGGUUCAGAGACAGAAAAAAGAUAUCCCCAGAUGACAAUUUCAUUAUCACAAAAGAUGGUGCGAUCCAUAAAUUAAUGAUAAUCAGGUGCGUGGAGGAGCACUCUGGGAAAUAUCGCUUUGAAGCAGAUGGUCGUAAAACAGAGGCGAUGAUCAACGUCAAAGAUCCUCCCAGGUUUGGCCCUGAGGACCUCAGUGCCUUCACUGAGCCUGUAAUCGUCAAAGUGGGACACAACGCCAUCUUCAAACUGCAUUUCGUUGGCCAUGAGCCCAUCAAGAUUCAGUGGUACAGGGAGGGAGAUGAGCUCCUGGAUGACAGCAACACAAAGAUAGAGAGGUUUGCGAGUCACAGCCGCUUGCUCCUCAGCAGGUGCCAGAGGAAGGAAACGGGAGAGAUCAAGAUCAAGCUCAAGAACGAACACGGCUUCACUGAGGCCAUUUCACAGCUAAUUGUGCUUGACAAACCCACGUCACCUCUGGGUCCUUCCGAGGUAAUGGAGAGCUCGCAGACAUGUAUUGAAUUCAGGUGGCGGCCUCCUAAGGACGACGGCGGCUCACCAGUGAUUAACUACACGAUCGAGCGUCAGCAAGUGGGUCGAAACACCUGGAAGAAAAGAGGCGAGAUCCCCGGUGUGCCCAGCUUCCGUGAUACAGAAGUGGAACAUGGCCGGAAAUACUGUUACCGUGUCCGAGCGGUGACUGCGGAGGGAACAAGUGGAGUUAUGGAAACUGACGACAUGCAAGCCGGCACUCUGGCUUUUCCUGGCCCUCCAGCGCCUCCGAAGGUGGUCAGUGCCUUCGACGACUGCAUCAACCUUUGCUGGAACAUACCGAUCAACACAGGAGGUUCACGUAUCCUGGGUUAUAUUCUGGAGAAACGCAAAAAGGGCAGUAAUCUCUGGACUGUGGUCAACGCCGUGGAUGGGCUGAUAAAAGAGAAGAGAUAUACCGUGAAGGAUGUUGUGGCAGGUAUGGAGUAUGAAUUCAGAGUAACUGCCAUAAACCUCUCAGGACCUGGUGAAUCUAGCAACCCCUCGGAGUUUGUUUAUGCUCGGGAUCCCAAGCAGCCUCCUGGUAAAGUUACAGGCCUGAAGGUGACAGAAACAUCUUACACCCACAUGGUCCUGAUUUGGACUAAACCUGAGGAGAAACCAGGGAUACAGGAUGAGGCCAAAGGGUAUUUUGUAGAAAUUCGACAGGCCGACUGUAUCGAAUGGUCCCGCUGUAUCAGCGUCCCGAUCAUCACCACUUCCUUCAGCGCGAAAGGCCUCAAGUCCAUGGACAUGUACUGGGUGAGGGUGAUAGCGACUAAUGAUGGAGGAGAGAGUGAACCUGAGGAGCUGGCCAACUAUGUGCUUGCUAUGCCCUCACCAGUGAGGCCAAAGUUCACAGACCACAGGAUGAAGAGUUUUGUGGUAGUGAGGGCAGGAAACUCUGUCAGGAUCACAGUUCACUUUGAGGCCUCCCCACGGCCAGCUAUCAUGUGGCUAAAGGACAACUCGCCAGUGGCAAAGCGAGCGACGGUAAGCAACUCUGACGGCUCGUCUCAGUUGCUGAUCCCCUCCUCUGAGCGUUCGGAUUCUGGCAUCUACUCCAUCCUGGUGAAAAAUUUCGCAGGACAAGAGACAUUCAGUACAGAAGUCCGAGUCACAGAUGACCCGAAGCCUCCUGGUCUGGUGGAACUGGAGGAAAACGUGCCCGGCACAGUGACGGUGAUGUGGGAACCGUCUCCUGAUGAGAAGCGCGAUGACCGCCUCCACUACACGGUGUCCAAACUGGAUUCCACCAAACGCACGUGGACCACAGUGGCCGACAGACUCUUCAAUAACAAGGUCACAGUCUGCAAUAUCAUGCACGGGAGGGAAUAUCACUUCCGCGUCUAUGCCAAAAAUGACAUUGGCAUAUCGGCACAUUCGGAGUCACCGACCUGGGGGAUGGAGAAGAAGAAACAAAAGUUUGUGGUGAACGUACCGACCAUGAAGGACUGUGAUCUGCGAUGUGCUCCAACUUUCCUCGUCCCCUUGAAGCUUCACACGGCACCCAAGGGCUACGAGUGCUACAUGAGCUGCGCAGUGAAGGGAGACCCCAACCCUCGAAUCACGUGGUAUCGAAACCACAUCAGUCUGAACACAAACACCAACUAUUACAUCUCCAACACGUGCGGGGUGUGCUCCAUGUUGAUCCUCCGCGUGGGCCCCAAAGACGUGGGCGAGUACACCAUCACCGCAGAGAACGACCUGGGCCGGGCUGAAAGCUCCACCGUCCUCAGUGUCAGAGGUGAGGCAAGUGAAGAAGCUAAGGACGUCACAGUCUGA